AUGGCAAAUACUGUUAUAACUAAUUAUACGGAUCUCAAUGGUCCUUCAACAAAAACCGAUAGUUCAGUUGUUGUUAUUGUCAACAAAGAUGGAUCUCUGUCAGUCGACCAAAAAUUAUUAGGCACUCUAAUGGGUACUGAUGGAUCACAAGCAGCUGGUAUAAGUGUGGUUCGUGUUGGGCAUGAAGGACGACCAGAUGAUGCAACCGAUUCUGAGAAUGAAGAUGAUAAAAUACCUCAUGUAACACUAUCUGUGGAUAGCUAUUAUGAUGAACCAAAUAGCAUUAUUAAAUAUGAUAGUGGUGCGGAAAUGUUACAAUCUUUAAGGAUAGAGACUAGGGAAAACAGUCUUGUGGGAUUUCAUAAUGAUCAUUGUUAUACACCACUUAAAUCACCAAGUCAAGCAUUACCACAAGGAAAUGAAGCUUUUACAGGGUUUGAUGAUCCAGUUAUUGAAAUCACUCAUAAUGCACCUCCAAAGCCUAUUCAAAGCACUAAAAAGAUUACUAUAUUGGAGCAACAAAUUAUACCUAAAGGUAAAAAGAUAGUUAUAAAUCCUACAGAUACCUCUGUGCUAUUAAAGGGUAAUGAUGUUUUGAAUAAAACUUUACCUGUAUUAAGUAAACCAAAAAAUGUUAAUGCUGUUGCAAAGAAGAUUAAUAAAGAAAAGAAAUUUGAAGAUAACACUGAUUCAUCUUCAGUAAGCUCCUCUAGUGAUAGUGCACCUGAUAGAGACUCGGAUUCUGACUACAAAGAUACUAAAGAUAGGUCUCUUGCACUUAAAUUGAAGAAGAAUAAAAUCAAACCUCGAAUUUUAAAGAAUUCGCAGUCUAAAGACAAUAAAUCUGGAAGAACCACACCAAAGUAUAAAUCUAACAGAAGUAUUGUUCGACGAGACCUUAAAGAAAAGAAAAUUCUACAAAAGAAUUCUACCUUUGAAAAGAAAGAAAGUGAUUUAGGUAUACUGUCAAAUAAAGAAAGUGUCUCUAUAGAAGUACCAACAAGCACUGGUGCAGGAAAUGAUCUGGCAAAGGUUGUCCCUAAACAAAUGCCAAAAACAGUUAAAAAGGAAAAGAAAACACCUGCUCAUGUCACUGCCUUGCUUUCCGAUAUGACAUCAUUGUUUUCCACACCAGAUGUUAUCAGAAGGGUAUCAACAGACAACAAAACAUUACCUAAAUCUGACAAAGAAACUGUGUCUACAAAUAAAAAAGCCAAUAUCAUUGCUAAACCUACUGAGGUCAAUGAUUCUAAAUUAGCAGAUAGUAAUAAAUUAAUUGAUAAUUCAGAAAAUAAUAAAACUCAGGUUAUGCAGAAAUCUAAUUCAAAACCUAACACUAAAAAUGUUAUUGCUACUGACAAAUCUGUUAAGGGCUAUGAUACUAUACCACAAUUAGAUGAUGCAAGUUUAGCUCAGAUACUUCAAGAAACCACACCUACCCCAUUGAAGAACCAACCAAGUAUAUCUUCUAAUGCAAAUGUAAUUAAUAGUCCAAGUUUGGCAGGACCAUUAUCUCCAACACUAGAUUUAUUGGCUGGAUUACAACCUGAAGAAGAGGGUUUGACAGAAGAUUUAUUGAUGCAUGUGGCUCAGUUAGUAGAGAGUUCUGAAAACUUGCAGGAAGUAAUUGACAAACAAGUUCUUGGUAAAGUUGAUUCAUUAUCCGCUAAAACACAACCACUUAUUUCUACAAUCCCUCAACAAUCGCAAGUUACAAAUUCUUCUUUCUUACCAACUCCAUCUAAGACUAUAAAGAAUAAUGCACCAAGAAAAGAUCCAAUAGAGAUUGUCCGGCGUGAUGGCCGUGUUAUAACCUUGCCUCCUAUUGAAGCACCAGCUACUAGGGCUUCAAAACGUAAAAGUCAAGUGGAGUCAUCAGUUUCAACCAGUGGGGUGGCAGUGCCAAUAGAGCCGCCACUUUCUCCUGUCAUGCCACCUUCAGAACCAAUGCUACAACAUGUAUCAAAGCAGUAUGUUAAUAGAAAACUAACAAUGAAAAAACAAGAACAGACUGAACAAGCUCCAAUUGUAGAAAAAGCAUCUGCUGAAUCUCAAGAAAGCUGGAACUCUGAGGAUGAUCCUAACAGGUUGUGGUGUAUCUGUAAACAACCCCACAAUAACCGUUUCAUGAUAUGUUGUGAUAGUUGUGAAGAUUGGUUCCAUGGUAAAUGUGUUAAUAUUACAAAAGCUAUGGGACAACAAAUGGAAGAGCAGGGUAUAGAAUGGCGGUGUCCGAACUGUAUUAAAAGCAUAAAAACAGUUAACAAAAAUAAUAAUAAGGUUGCCACAUCUGUGAAAGCGAUUGACAAUGAAGAAACAAAAACUUCAACACAACCUGCACCUGCAUUUGGUACGAAAACAAAUGCAUUACAAUGCAUUGUAUGUAAGAAAUCAGCUCGUGCUAGUAGCAUUUAUUGCAGUGAUACUUGUAUUUUAAAACAUGCACAGGACUCUUUAAGCAGUCAGGUACAAUCAAAGCCAGAUGAAACAGGAAAAGUUCGGGAAAAAAUUAAAUCUGAAUCAAGGGUUAUUGUAUAUGAAAGAAAAACUGGAAGAUUAUUGGCUGGUCCAAAUGCACCAACUGCAGAAAAUCUGAAAUCCUGGUUGCAAAAAAAUCCAACCUUCGAAGUUGUUCGCCCUGGAACACUUAGCACCAUUAAGCCAAACCCUUCUCGUAAAAAAUCAUCCACUGACUCAAACAAAAUACAGACUACAUUAAACUUUGAAAGGAUUCCAAGGAAAGAUACAGAGCAUACUGCAUCAAAACCUGUCUCAAAAGAAAAUAAAGAUAAAGUUAUGAAGCCACUCCUAUCACCAAAAGAAGAAAUAAAACCUGUUGUACAGCCUAAGACUCCAGUUACUCCUAAAGCUCAACAGCAGCAACUAAUUUUCGAUACUACAAAAACACACAGUAGUCCAUCUGUAAUGAAAACAAGUGAACCGCGCAAGCUCGUACGUGCUACAAGCAAAUCUCAGUCGACAAUUGAAAAGAUGCCUUCAGUUUCACCAUCAACACCACGAAGAAAAGACCCCCCUGAAAACAAAAUGAAAACUAAUUCUACGGAACCAAUAAGGGACAAUGUGAAAAAAGCACUGCAGGAGCAAAUGAGUAUCCGAAUGGCGGAAACGUCGGGCCCUAAAUUUACUGAAGAAGAAAUUCAACAAUUUGCAAUUGACACAGAGUUUGAAUUGCACGAAUUAUUCCGCGACGUUGGAAUGAAAUAUAAGGCGAAGUACAGAUCACUCAUGUUUAAUAUCAAGGAUAGGAAGAAUUUGUCCUUGUGGCAAAAAAUAUGUGAUCGUACAAUUACACCUCAGCAAUUGGUAAGGCUGUCCCCAGAAGAAUUAGCAAGUCAAGAAUUAGCACAAUGGAGAGAUAAAGAAGCGAAGCAUCAGCUUGAGUUAAUAAAAAAAUCUGAAUUGGAUCUCUUAGCUGCCAGCAAAACAUAUGUUCUUAAGACACACAAAGGAGAAGAGGUAAUGGAAACAAAAGAAUCUGUUUCUACAGAAUUAGAUCCAAAUGUGCCAGUGGAAGAUCUAGUUACAGCCCUCAAUGAUUCCAUGGGAAAUGAGCAGCCAACAGUCGAUGCUAAAGACAUAUUAAAGAAAUCAGAUUCUACUAGCCAUAAGAAGGAUGGCAGCAAUAGAAAAAAGGACAAAGAAAAUGGAUCAUCAGAUCAUUCCAGAAGUAAGCAUGAAUCAAAAAGAGACUCUGAUGGCAGAAAAUCACGUUCUUCCCGAAGGAGAUCAGAUAAAAAGGAUAAGGAAAAACGAUCUUCACGUAGAAACAAUAGAAACACAAGUAGAUCAAGAUCUCAAUCUAAAGAGAGAUCUAAAACAGAGUCUUCGAAAGAAAAAUUAGACUCCAAUGAGCCAUCAAAACAUAGGUCACGAUCUAGAGUUAAAUCUAAGAGGCAUUCUAAAGAAAGUUCUAGAUCCACAUCAAGAGGUCGAGAACGUUCUCGCUCUCCGGGUCGCUCUAGACGUCGCUCAAGAUCUAAAGACUCUAAACAUAUCUCAAGAUCAAGAUCAAAGCAUAGCUUAAGCACCGAAGCAAAAGAGAAACAUCGCUCUAGAUCUCAAGAAAACAACUCCACUAAGAAUAAGAAUGAUUCUACAGACUCUGAUUCAAUAGAACGCCCAAAAUCAGCUUUGUUAAAAGAAGCACAUCCUGAAUAUGAUCCUCAUGAACCAAUGAUAACUUCCGCAUUUUCUGAAGAGGAUUUGAGAAAAUCUAGGGAGGAUAUUUAUGAAGAUAGCUACAAGAAUGAUAUAGCCGACUAUAGCGAAGUAAACUAUGAUCCAUCAAAAUCUUUUUCAAUUGACAACAAUGUGAUAGAAACAGAAAAAUAUUUAGGAAAACAGGAUAAAAUAUCAGAAGUAGAGAGUGAUCAGGAACCAACCAGCACUGUAGAUAACUCAACACCAAUAGUAUGGAAUGGUUGUAUUAACAUGGUUGAUGUUGCCAGAUUUUAUGUUGCAGCCCAUGAGGUUUCAGGAAAUGCUGUAGACUUAGAAGAGGACCUUACUGCAGAAUUAGAUAUAGUUGGCAGAAUAAAUCCGGAUACAGUUUGGGAUUAUAUAGGAAAAAUGAAAAGGGCAGGCAAUAAGGACAUUGUCAUUUUACGAUUACAAGCUGCCAACGAUGAAGAAAAAAUGCAAUACAUUGCUCUGUACAGUUACCUGAGUAGUCGCCAUAGACUGGGUGUCGUGAAAGUAUCCAACACUGCGACUGUAAAAGAUUUCUACAUAGUGCCCCUGUCAGCUAAUACUUCUUUGCCUCAUGUCCUCCUCCCCCUUGAAGGUCCGGGCUUAGAAGUAAAAACACAUCUACUUAUAGCAAUCAUUAUUCGACAGAGAAGAAAAAGAUUGAGUACCAAUAUUCCGAAAGAAAUUAUUCCUGAAAAGGUGGUACGCGAAUCCCGUAAGCGAUCCUUUACGCCGCCGAUUGGAACUAUGGGCUCUUAUACGCCACCUGCAUCACCGAAACGACGAGCGCCCUUGCCUCUGCCUACUUACACGUCGCCCGCACUUUCUACUUCUGUUAAGGACAAAAUUGCUGCCUCUUUAGCUUCUGCCGAAGAGGAUGAAGCAUAUAGCCCGGGUUCUUCAACAAGCAGCGGUUCCGCGCCCGCCUCUAAUACUUUACGCGGCAAGAUGGAAGAGCUCAACAGACAAAUUGAAGAGCAAAAGCAACAAAUACUUAAAAUGGCCCAGGCAGAUUCAUCUAUAGGAGGAGAGGACGAAGCGUAUUCUCCGUCGCGUCCGAUGACGCCGCCCAACGUGGUACCACUAGCUGAUAUCGCGCUACCCUCAAACCUGCAAGAGAUACUUGCCACUAUCAAACAGCGUUCUGAAACAACUGCUGAUGUCGACAUGCGUACACUCCCACCGUCUUAA